CACUUUGUGUUAGUGAAUCAUCAAAAUUUUUGUGUAUAUUUGGGAUACAAAUUUUUGGUAGCACAUAGUUCGGGUGCGAGAUUUUAGAUGUUUGGGGAAUUGGGGCGGGUUGGGUGACUUGUGCCGUCUAGAAGGAGUGCAGGAAGGAAGAACUCUCUCCUCUUCGCGAACCUUGAGAUCUGUAGCAAUCUACAGUGCUGCGCAGGUGUCUGGUCUGGGGUUACCGAGCUCGUCUGUGCAAAUGGCGGGAAGACACAACGCUAUUCUACCGGGAAACUCAAAAUCCAGAUCUCCCCUGAUGAUCUUCUUUCUCGCUUUUCUACCGAUUUCCUUCAUCUUUUACAUCUCAUUCUCUUUCCAUUCCCGAACCACCUCCAUAGCAAUCCGCUCUCUCCGAAACCCUAGCUCAGAAGUUGAUUACUCCUUCUUGUCCUCACUCGAGAAACUCCUGGCAAAAUCUCAGAGAUCCCCGGAUGUGGGAGAUGAUUCCGUGGUCGAUACAAAUGUUGCAAGGGAUGUGAGGAUAUUGGAUGAUUCGGUAUGGAAGAAGGAGACUCAGAGGUUAUAUGAAGAGCCGUUCUAUCCAGCUUCAUCACCUAUAAAAGUCUACGUCUACGAAAUGCCCAAGAAAUUCACCUACGAUUUGCUCUGGUUGUUCCAAAAUACCUAUAAAGAGACCGGUAACCUUACUUCUAAUGGUAGUCCUGUUCACCGGUUGAUCGAGCAGCAUUCAAUUGAUUACUGGUUAUGGGCAGAUUUGAUUGCGCCGGAGUCAGAAAGGCUGUUAAAGAAUGUGUUGAGAGUGCAUAAACAGGAGGAUGCCGACCUAUUCUACAUACCAUUUUUCACUACCAUUAGCUUUUUCUUGCUUGAAAAGCAACAAUGCAAGGCUCUUUAUAGGGAAGCCUUGAAAUGGGUUAUGGAUCAACCUGCAUGGAAGCGAUCUGAGGGAAGAGAUCAUAUCCUUCCUGUUCAUCAUCCUUGGUCUUUCAAGUCUGUUCGCAAAUUUUUGAAGAAUGCAAUUUGGUUGCUUCCUGAUAUGGAUUCAACUGGGAACUGGUACAAACCAAGACAGGUUUAUCUUGAAAAGGACUUGAUACUUCCUUACGUUCCCAAUGUUGAUCUCUGUGAUUCCAAUUGCUUAUUUGAAAAUGGCCCUAAGAGAAGCACACUGCUAUUUUUUCGUGGGAGGCUUAAAAGGAAUGCUGGUGGAAAAAUACGUGCCAAGCUAGUGUCAGAGCUUAGCAGAGCUCAGGGAGUGGUUAUAGAGGAAGGGACUAUUGGACUUGCUGGAAAGGCCGCAUCUCAGAGUGGCAUGCGAAAGAGCCUAUUUUGUCUUAGUCCUGCUGGUGACACUCCAUCAUCUGCCAGAUUAUUUGAUUCAAUAGUUAGUGGCUGCAUUCCUGUCAUAAUAAGUGAUGAGCUAGAACUUCCUUUUGAGGGAAUUCUUGACUACCGUAAGAUUGCUUUAUUCAUGCCGUCCAGUGAUGCAGUGCAGCCCGGGUGGCUCCUUUCAUUUUUGAGAAACGUUAGUACUCUUCAAAUCAAAGAGAUGCAAAUGAACUUAGCUAAGUUUUCGAGGCAUUUUUUGUAUUCUCAUCCUGCUCAACCUUUGGGCCCAGAAGACUUGGUCUGGCGAAUGAUGGCAGGGAAGUUGGUGAACAUCAAACUUCAUACCAGGAGGUCGCAGCGCACAGUGAAAGAAUCAAGAAGUCUCUGCACUUGCGAUUGCAGACGUCCCAACUCUACAAAUGCAUCUCUCUCGCCGUAGCUUUGUAAAUUAAUUUGCGUGUUUGUUUAUUUGGGCUUUUGUCAACUUGUCGCACUUGUUUGCACUCUUCUCUUCUGUGAUCAGAAAAGCUUGCUCUUUUUACAAAAUGGGAAUGUUGAGUGGCUAUGCGUGCUCUCUCGGUAAGCCAUAGUGGGAAAAGAACACAAGGGAAAGUGAACAAGCCUAGUUUACACAUAAACGGCCGGCUCCGGAGAUGGCCAUUGGGCAGCUUCAGUGUGAUUCUAAUUUCUAAUACAACCAUAUGGUUGCUCCACUCUUGGGAAUAUGGAUUUUUUUUUGUUUGAAAUUUCUCUAACACGGAGUCAUAUUUACUUGGGGUUGUCCCUUGUGCUAUAGAUGCUAGUGGUUUCCUA